AUGGAAUGGCACACCAAACCCGCCGUCGCCCAACUAACCGAGGUCCGCGGCUCCCGGCGCCGCGUGUGCGUGAGCGUGAGCGUGGGCGGGACAGACCUGGAUGGCGCUGGGCAGAGCUCACCUCCACACCACGCGCUCCGCACGCCACCGGAGUUGGCCAGACAGCGGUGGAACCGGUGGGUGCCGCCGCCUUAUACCCCGCCGCUGGGGCCCGAGCUAGCGCGCAGGGGGCGGAGUCGGCCCUCCCGGCCGCCGCCCCCGAGGCGCUAA